UGAUUAUUUUAAAUUGCAAUGACGCUCAUUAAUGUAAUAAUCGAAACACGUGAUUAGAGUUACAUCACUUGAAAAGUUCCAUAUUUACGAAUUUUAUAACGUACUUCAUAUUUAACCAUUCAAAAAGGGUGUCUAUUCACGGCGAUUCCAUAGCAAAUGGACAUUUGCAUAUUGCAGUUAUGUGCUUCCAUUGUGAAAACAUAAUUGUUUUAUGGUGAUAAUAUGUCAAAAUCAAACAUAAGGAAGAUAACAGUUGACCCUACGAAAUGUAAUACUGACUCUCGUCGACCCAGUGUGUUCGAAAGAUUGGGGACCAAACCAGCAGUCACAGCAAUAGGUCAAAAUACAUCAGAUUACUGCAGGAAUUGGGCAUUGAAUGGCAGCUGUUCAUACGGGAAAAAUUGCAAGUAUGCAAACACUCACACACUGAUAAGUCCAUCCAAGCGUGCGAAGAAGGAUAAUGCAAUUACAAAUACAACAGGGCUUGUUGAGGACCCAUUUAAACGACUAACUUCUAAAAUUGUUAAGAAACCAUCGCAUAGUCCUGAUUUGAAUUUAGAGGAGUGGAAUCAAACAGAUCUAGAAUACGAAGACGAGAAAGUGUUAGAAAGGCGUAGGCAGCUUCUGCAACGAGAAUUAGAAAUACAAAUGAAGAAAGAUAAAGAAGUUCAUGGCAAGGAAAGAGUCAGACAGAAAAAAAAAGCAAUGAGUUCAUCCUCAAGUUCACAUACCUCCAGUACAUCUAGCAGUAGUAGCAGUUCCAGCAGCGAAGAUUCUUCCUCGAGUUCAACAUCAGAUUCGCGGAAAAAAGUUAAAAAAAUGAAAUUGAAGCGACACCAUAGUGCUUCUACAGACUAUGAUGAAGAAAAAGAAAGGAGAAGAAAGCUGAAGAUAAAAAGGCUUGGAACAAAAAAUGAAAAACCCAUUGCCAAGAAAAAACGUAAAAUUGAUGCAGGUUCUGUCAAAAAAGAUAUUUCUGUAAGAACAAAUAAGAAGUGUGCACCAACUUCUUCCACUUCGAGAAAACAUUCGACUGGUGGUCGGGUUAGAUCUCCCACGGUACAGGUAUCUGCAUCAGCAGUUGCAUCAACACCUCCUAUGUUAUUGGGAUCAUCAGUUUCAGUAGCUCAUCAUUUACCUUCUAAUAAAGCAAGAGAAAGAAAUAGAAGUGAUUCGCCUAAAACAAUAAAAGGUAGAGAAUCAGAGAAGGACGAUAGACAUUAUAAAAAAUUAAGAGAUACGGAUGACGUAUCAUCUAAAGAAAAUGUGAAAACUAAAUCCUUUGAAAAAUUGAAGGAACAAGACAAAGAGAAAAAUCGGGCAGUCGAUGAAAAAAUGAAAACUGAUGAUAGAUUGAAAGCAAAAUGUAAGGAAAAAGAUGUGAGAUCAAGAACUCCGUCUAUAGCUGACAGAUCGAAGCAUCAGUAUAAUAAAGAGAUUGUAUCCGCAAAAUCACGACGUAGUCGUACACCUGAAAAACCAACGAGAUCAAAACGGGAAGUAACUCCAUUAAGAAAUCAAGAAAGACUUUCAUCUUCGAGCAGAUCAAGAGACGUGGAGAAGAAGGAUCGAGAGAAUCAUAAGAAUGAUAAAACUAAGGAUAGAGAAGAUAUUAGGAAACCUGAACAAGGAAAACCAAGACAAUCUUCUGGUCAAGAUGAGGCACAUCGUAAAAAUGUUAUUAAAGAUUUUGAUGAAAAAUCAUAUUUAAAUGACAAAGCACGACAAAAAAAUAGAGAAUGCCGUGAUAAGGAUCAUACAAGGGAUGAACGAAAUCAUACAAGAUUUAAUCGUGAUCAACGUGAUCCACAACGUAACGAUCCACAGCGUGAUAAAGAAAAGGAUGAUACACAGGAACGUUGUCGAGAGAGACAAAGGGACAGAGAUCGUGAACGUGAAAGAGAACGUGAGAGAGAACGUGAUCGAGAUCGUGAAAGAGAUCGCGAACGUGAACGUGAACGUGAGAGGGAUCGUGAGAGGGAUCGAGAUCGAGAUAGAGAUCGAGAUAGAGAUAAGGAAACUAUCAAAGCCAGAGAUAGAGAUGUUCCAUCUUUGGUUCCGUCUGCAUCAAUAAGUUUAACAGCGGACAAAAAUUCACGAUACGGUCGAGAUAAAGAACGUAUUCCAGGAAAAGAAAGUACAUACGAGAAAACUGGUGCACGUGAUCGUAGAAGCGACAGAGAACGAGAACGAUCUGAAACGAAGGCACUUAAUGAACGUGAUAGAACUUCAUCUCAGCGUUUUGACGCAAGGUAUGAUAGAAAUGGAGCUGAUAAAGAUACAUUAAAUCGCAAAGCUACCAAUUCUCCACGGGAUCGAGUUGAUCGCUUUCCUAGAGAACGGUCGUUAGACAAAGCGCCUCUUCUUGAAAAAACUGUACAUCCUCCUGCAGCAGCAUCAUCUGCAUCAUUAUUACCACCAGUUGCGUCUUCUACAACUUCAUCUUCCUCUGCAGUAGCAAUACCACCUGCUUUAUCUGCAUCACGUGAUCAUUUGAUAGAGAGAGUGGACUCUACGCAUUACGAAAGAGAUAGGCAUCGAAGAUUUAGUACAAGGUAUGAACGUGGACAUGGAUCUGAACAUGAUAGGAAGGAGUCUAGAGUUACUCCAACUAAAAUUGAUCGUGUAGUAGAAAGGAGAGAUGCUAGUCCACGCCGAGCUAUUGAAAUGGAAAGAAGUUUUAACAGAAAUUAUGGAAGACUUGGAGCAGAUCAUUGGGAGGAUCAGGAAGAACCUAAUCCACAUUUAGAUUAUCGAGAUCAUCAUCCACAUGAAGAUGACAGAAGAAAAUUGAUUGAAAGUAGAAGAUACGAUAGUCCAUUUGAUGAAAGACGAGGAGUUCGCGAAGAAAGAUCUAGAGAUUCUAGAUAUGUUGUACAAACUAGCGAUAGAUCCUCGUUCGAUGAUCAUCGUCAUCAUCAUCAUCAUCAUAGACAUCCAAUUUAUAGCGGAGAUAAAUUACGUCCCGGUAAUAGCGCAUUAAGAGAUGAACCUCUUCCUAAUGAAGAUUGGGAAGCACAUCAUAGAGAAGUUGAACAUGGUCGAGAUAGAUCUUAUACAGCUGUUGAUUGGGAGGAGAGAGAGUGGCGAGCAAGAGCACUCUGGGGUAGCAGAGAUAGUCUUCCACGUUCGGAGGCUCAUGACGAUGAGUGGGCUGCAAGAUAUGAUAAUUCUUUAUCUGAUUGGAAAGCUAAUGAAAAUCGAAAAUGGGAUAAUCAACCUAUACAUAUUCGGGGUCACUACAGAAAUGAACGAUCUAAAGAAGUUGAAUUAGGAGAAUCAACAUCGCACAAUAAAAGACGUCCAUAUGUGAAUCCAGAAGUCAGGGAAGAAUGUUCAGUUCAUGCUUCUAAACAAGCAGCUAUUUAUGGUAGUAUGAAAGAAGAACCAAUUAAUAAAAAAUUAAUGGAGCUUGCUGAAGGUAGGUUACAUACAAAUCGCGAAAAAUCGGUAGAAAUAUAUCAGAAAAAAAAUAUGCCAAGGGAGAAAUCUGAGGUGAAGGAAACUCAUAUACCUGAACCGAAAAGAUCUUGUAUUGAAGAAUCUUUACCAACUCUACAUACAGAAAGUGAUCUUAGUGAUAUCAGUGAUGAUCCUGAUGAUAUUCUUAAUAUGGAGGAAGAAGUUACGGAUGCUGAAUCAAACAAAUUACGAUUACCUAAGAAAACACCUGAUAUUACACAGAAAGAACAACAACCUGUCAUUCAAGAAACAGCUCAACCAUCACCUAAAGAAUCUAUAGAAGAUACCGUAUUCAAUGUGAAAGGAAAAGAUAGUUCUGUUACUAUGACAUUUAGAAAUAUGGUUGAUGAAAAUAUGGAAUCUAUGGUCUUUGAAGAAAUAUCUGAUGGUGAAUUGGAAGAGGAUAUUAAAACAAGUGGUAAAGGUUUAGGCGAUGCUUUAGGCGUUGAUUGGGAAAGUUUUGUAAAAGAAAUGCAACCACGUCGACCUUUAUCUUCUGGACAACAAAAUGCCAAAAAUCGUUGGCAGUGUAAUGCAAUUUUUCACAGAAUUGGUAUAUCUUUUAAGUAUGCAGGCGAAGAUACUAUUAAUACACUGUCUCAAAAAUAUGGGAAGGAAGAUCAUACUGAUUUAUUCUUGGAUAAGGUUGCAUUUGUUCAUACAGCAUUAUCAAGAAACGAAUUCUUGCGUAAUAAUAUGUUGGCAUCUAUGGAUGAUCUAGUAUAUAGAUUACAAAAUGCAAAUAAUGAUGAUGUAGAAUAUGAUAUAGAUGCUUUAAACCCAUGUACAACAUUGUAUGAAACAGCAAAGUGUUUGCUGCAGCAAGCAAUUUAAAACACUCUAAUGUUUGCUGUGAAUAAUUUUUAUUGUAAAAUUGUAUCACUUAUAUUUUUCAUGUGACACGUGCAAAUAUAUAUAAAUGUACGAUUGUUGUUUAUUACUUGGACUUAGUAUUAAUACUUAGCCAACCGAAUGAGAAAAUCUCCUCAUUUUAAAGCAAGUCACUGACCGAUCGACCUGAGAGAUCUUUCAUUUUUUUCUAAUUCAGUUUUUCUUUUAUUAAUAAUCAGUUUUGACCUGUAAUUACUUACAAUUA